UUUGUAUUUAGUUUGUUGUGCCGUGCCGGCUUAGCGCAACGUCCUCCCCCAGCCCGCCCGCACGCCCGCCCGUGACGCAGCUUAACAACGAUCCGCUCAUUGCGACCCUCACCAGACGGCCGGCGCAACCAAGGAGCGAGUCACUCGAUCUGCGUUGGGGCAGAAGCGGCAAAAGUCAACCGACGACAGUGACUCAUCCCAACUCGCCGGGCUCCGACGACUCAUCACGGGCACCCCCCCCCCCCUUCGCCAAACAACAGCUCUAGACGCCACACUCGAGGGCUCACCACAGCCGCUCGUCUCCUUCGUCGUCCUCCUCCUCGUCGUCGUCAUCCUCCUCAUUGUCGUGGCAGCAGCAGGAGCUGCCGUUGCUGCGUCGUUAUCCCCACGAAGGAAACAAGACGCGCAUGGAGACGUCUCGGGAGCCGGCGUGCGGGGCUCUGCUGCUGCUGCUGCUGGUGGCCGCCACCGGCCUCGCGUCCGUGUCCGCAGCGGUGGACGGAGCGCCGUGCCACGGCGGGCAGUACUUCGACCAGCUGACCCGCGCCUGCGCUAGCUGCGAACUGCGCUGCUCCAAGCCCCCCAAGGCGUGCGUCGCGCACUGCAGUGCCCCCUCGGGAUCAGCAGAUAAACCGUCAGCGGUGCUUAUUGGAGGUCUGGUGGCCGGGGUGGCCUGCCUGUUGCUGCUGCUGGUGGUGGUGCUUGGGGUCAUAUGCAGGGAGCGCAUUGGCGGAGUCAUCCGGAUAGACAGCUCAGACGGAAACAUAUCAACGGACAGUGGGAACAAGGAGGAGACAACCGUGAUGAUUGGCGACGUACUUUCCACUUCAGUAGUUACUCCAGUGCAGGACACGGAAGUCUCCCCCAUCGUAGAAGACACAUCAUCAACGUCGGGAAGCCAGGAGACCUCAAAUUGGUUGGAAGGCCCAUCUGAGCUUGUUGUAGGGUGAUAUUUGUAAGAGAAAGUGCAUCAAUGAGGGUCUGAAUACUGAAUAACCCAAACGGGAUCGGUUGAAGGGAAAAGCUGUCCAGGGGUUCUACUAAAAAAAUGCAAAUUGUAAAAUUACCGUGCAGGUUUUCGCGGCUGCUCUCUUUGUCUCUCAGACUAACUUCCGGGUUGUACCACGUGUUUCUGAGAGCUUCCAAUCCUAAAGAGGAACACUAGAACACAUCUCCCAACAACAACAAUUACACCACACGGUACAACCCGAGAAAACACAUUGGAGAGAUACGUAUAACGUCCCUCUCUUGGUUGCACUUUCUUUAGUGAUGGCUGUACCAAGCGAGAAUCAGGGCAGUGAGGAUGGUGGAUGGGGACACUCUUGAGGCUGCUAUGCAUGGUCCCCUGUGCUUGCUUGUGGUGAUGCGGUUGUCAAGAGCGAGGUUUGUCCGGUUACGUUGCCAACGUUGUACGUGUGUUGGGGCAUUAGUAAAGGACUCUGCAACACUUGAACUGGGUAGGGAGAGGGAGGGGUAUGGGGGGGGGAAGAUGGUAAGGUUCCACAUUUUUUGCAGGAAGUGGUUGUGAGUGUGGAUGUUCAGCUUGUCCCCCUAUUGAACAGCUCCAACACGUGGGAAUACAGGAAACAAUGAGAUUCAAACUUAGUUAUAUACUACAGCUAUGCUUCUUCAGGGACCGUGGUGAAUUAAGCAUGAUGGGGCACUCCACUGUACAAUACUUUGUGGUUUGUAAAAUAGUUCUUAUAUUCUGGAGCACUGCCUUCACUUUUAUACGUUAUGUUCGAUUUCUGGUCUGGAGUUUAAACUGCAAUGCUCACGUCUGAGUUUUUUUUUCUCUGUUAGCCACACGAACAACUACUUUUCCUGUGUCUUGAUAAUAUUCUUGCGGGAAAGCUUAGCUUUGCAUUUUGUCAAUGUGUUGCUCGUUUAGGCAGGUACACCGUUGGAGUUGGCUCAGGGUUUAGUGAUAUUAAAUCUGACAUCGUCAGUGGUUGGGAUUGAGAAGACUCGACAAGACAGCAGAUUAUAUUUCCCCAUUUGCCAGAUUUGCACAGGAAGACUGCUCUCGUGCCUGAGAGGUCAGUUGUCAUUUCCUUAAAACACACAGGCCCGCUGUGUUGUUCUUGAAAUCCUGUGUCACAUUUCCAUCGUGUAACAAAAAAGGCACCAACAGAAAAAAACUGUCAGUGUUUUCUCCACUUAUUGUAAUUGGACAGUGAUAUUUAUUUCAGAAUUAUCUUGCAGCUUUUCGUCUCCCCACAAGUCCGUCGAGCAUUGCGUACGCGUGACAGAUGUAAAAACACGUCUGCAAACUAGAGGUGAAGUCUUAUGUGCACACGCGUGUUUGUGCUACAUAUGACAAACGAUGUCAGUUGCUGAUUACUAUUGUUCCUUUAUAAAAAAAAUCAUGCAGCUUCAUUGAAUUGGUAUUAUAAAUUACAAUUGAAAAUUUUAUAGAUAUAUUUUUUUAUCAGUGAAUACACCGUAUUGUAUAUUGUACAAGUGAAACAGUUUCACCUGCUGGGGAAAUGUAUUUCGUGAUCAAGUGUUGCUGUAUAUUGUUAUACAAUACCUGGUUGUAUCUGUACCUUAAACUGGUCCAAGCAGAGCUUGUGUUCCAGAACAGGGUUAUUUAAACGCCUAAUUGUCUGCUGGCCAGGUUCUCGGGUUAUGUAUAUGGUUUCCACUGUUGUAUUUAUCUGAUUUGAAAACAUUUGCUACUGUGUACAAAUGAACUGUGAAUUGCCAAUUCCUCAUCGGUUAAAUUCCAUAUUCGAUAUAAAAACACCAUGCCAUAAAUAUGCUCAUGGCAACAUGCCAAAUGGCGAUCUUGAAAUUGUGGGCCAUUUCAAUUGUACAGAAAAAAAUUCCACAAUUUUAAUGGCUUUGGGAGCGCUUAAAAAAAUAUUGUAAGUUUCUAUAUUAACAAAAUGUUCACGCUGGUUUGUGAAUACUGUCUUUCUUGAGAUUACAUUACAUUUUGUAAAAAAA